CUCUGGUUCUCUCCAAGUUGUGUCUUUUUUUGUGUGCGCAAAUGCAAUGCAACAUGCAAAAGCGUUGACGUCGCACUCGCAACCUCCCCUCGCUUUGGAUCCAAACAAAAACCGCACCAAACCAUCGAGCCGAACUGCGCUGAGCCCGCAGCCGCCGCGCGCGGGCGACACCAACUCGCCACCUCGCCGUCUCGUCCGACCGCCAUUGCUAGCUCGAUCACGAUGAGCUCAGGCGGUGGGGCGGGGCCGGGGCUGACACCGGCGGACGGGAACUCCGACCGCAUCGGCGGGUUCGGCUACGGCGUGGGCGUGUCGGUCGGGAUCCUCCUCCUCAUCACCACCAUCACGCUCGCCUCCUACUUCUGCACGCGCGUGCCCGUCACGGCGGCCGACGCGGCGGCGGCGGCGGGAUCGUCCCGGCGGCACCGCGGCGGGGGCGGCGACGGUGGCGGGCACGAGCACGACGACGUCGAGCUCGGCAUCGACGAGGCGACGCUCAAGGGGUACCCGGAGGUGGUGUACGGCGAGGCGAGGAAGGAGGCGGCGAAGGCGGUGGCGGUGGCGAAGAAGGGCGGCGCCACCACGUGCACCUGCUGCUCGAUCUGCCUCGACAACUACGGCGACGGCGACCUGCUCCGGAUGCUGCCGGAGUGCGGCCACCUGUUCCACCGGGAGUGCGUCGACCCGUGGCUCCGGCAGCACCCGACCUGCCCCGUCUGCCGGACGUCGCCGCUGCCGAGCCCCUUGCCGACGCCGCUCGCCGAGGUCACGCCGUUGGCAAUGGCGAGGCCGUCAUGACACGUGGAGGUUCCUGCUUGGUUUUCAUUACUAUUUUUCAUUUUCCUUUUUCUCUUAUUGAUAUACCACUAAAUUUGAGGAUGAAAUUUGGGUAUUCUGGAAAAUGGAAUGCAUGAAAAAUCCUCAAAAUAGGGAAAGAAAUUAAUUUCCUCUUGGUCUUGGAUGUAAAUUUGGGUUCAGACUUCAGAGUAGUUUUUCUUCUUCUUCUGAUACAGUGAAUGUUUGGCUUAGGAUUCUUGGAAUUUUGAAGGGAAAUUCUUUAUAGAUUUCAAAUAUGGAUGAACCUUCUGGAGAUCUAAUCUUUAUAUUAGCAAGCUUAGUGCAGAAGACUGAAGAUGAUUCAUGAGUGUAAGCAAAGUAAGAAUUAGGA